AUGCUGCCAGAUCACCCUCUGGUCCUCCACGGCGGCUGCAACUGUCGCGCCAUCCGGUACAAAGUCCAAGUGCCCGCCCGCGCCGAACGUCCCCUGAACCCCUUCUCCGACGGCCAAGUCCCCUUCCCCAUGGUCGCCACCGACCACUGCAACGACUGCCGUCGAGCCACGGGCUCCAUCCUGCCGACCUGGAUCUGCGUGCCCACGAGCAUGAUGUCGUGUCAGCUGCAGCCCGUCUCCCCCACCAACCACGAAACAGCCGUCCCCCCCGCCCCGUCCCCAUGGAUCCCGGCCGUCGAACUGUUCAAACCGGGCCCGAACGAGGACUCCUACCACCUGAAAUUCUACCAGUCGUCCCCGGCCAUCACGCGGACGUUUUGCGGGCGCUGUGGCACCAACCUGACUUAUUUCAUCCGCCACGGCAUGGGUGAGGGAUUUCCCGAGAUCUUCGAUGUGGUUUUGGGGACGCUCGAUCGGGAGGAUCUGGAGCACGAGUGGAUGGCGCCGGACAGGCACUGUUGGUGGAGCUGCGGGAUCAAUUGGGUGCAGGAGCUGUCGAACGGGGGGAAGGUUUUGCCGGUGCAUCCGAGCUUCAAGGUCAAUGAACUUGUGGGGUAG